CAAUCAUUCAGUCCACCGACAGAGAAGCUGGAUAAUUAAACUGGAGCUCGCAAGAUUUGAAAAAAAGCUUUCCGCAGGUCGAGGAAGCCAUGGCAGCAAGCCAAACACAGGAGGAGAGUGAUUGCUCUGAGCUGGAUUUCUCCAUUUGUUCAGGCUCUGAAUACGUGCCAAGUCAAACUUCAGACUUAAGUGAUGAGGACACACACGGUCUACAAAGUAAGACACGAAAGAUCACUGACAUUUCUAGCAAUAGUGACAGUGAUAAUGAAGAACUGAGAAACAUGACUCUUAAAAAGACACCCAGAACAUAUGGGAAAAGAAAGAGAGAUGAUCACAAGGGAGAAAAAAAGGCUAAACGGGCUAAACAGAAAUCAGAAGUGACUGUGAAAACAUGUACAAAAAGGGAGGACAACAAACGAGUAUGGGACAAAAAACAUUAUUGUCUUUACUGUGGGAAGUCCCAAGCAAAAUUAUCGAGACACCUGCAGAGGAAGCACAUGGAGAUGAGUGAUGUGGCAUAUGCCUUUAGCUACCCUCUAGGUUCCAAAGAAAGGAAGGAUCUUCUAGAACAACUUCGCAAUAAAGGAGACUUUAAGCACAACACAAAAGUGAUACAAAAAGGCAGAGGACAAGUCGUAACAUGGAAGCAGCCAUCUAAUAAAGCCAUAGUAGGGGAAUAUCUGCCUUGCCCUUAUUGCUUUGGAAUGUAUAGCAAAAAGACAUUAUGGAAACAUGAGCUGUCAUGCAAAAGUAAAAAAUCGUGUGCGUCAAAAACUAGACAUCCUAGAGUCCAGAGUUAUGCUGCACGCCUGCUUCCAAUAAAACAUUCAUCAAAAGGAUGUCAGACUGUUAUUAACAACAUGCGACAAGAUCAAGUGUCCUUUCACAUCAGGAGUGAUUCUCUGAUUUGCAAAUAUGGAGAAUCGCUAUAUGCAAGACAUGGCCGUGUGAAGUCUAAGCACCAAUACAUUGCGCAAAGGAUGAGGGAGCUUGGCCGUUUCAUGUUAGCUGCAAAAAAUAUGGACAAGACAGUGAAUGUUCUUGAAGAUUUGUGCAAACCAUCAAAAUUUCAGUUUGUUGUCAGUGUUGCCAAGCAUCUUACAAACUUUAGUCCAGGCAAAAAUGAAUAUGGCAAACCGUCAACAGUAGUCAAAAUUGGAUUUUGUCUUAAAGGAGCAGUCGAGGUCCUGAUUGGACAGACCCUUAUGAAUGACGAUGACCAUGCAGAGAAGAAGGCCAAAAAAUUCUUGGAACUUCUGGACAAAAACUGGAGGAACAGUGUAUCUGUCAGUGCUCACCAAACAAUACAAGAAAAGAGGUGGAAUAAACAGGAUGACAUUCCCCUCACCAAAAAUGUAAUUGCUCUGAGGGACCAUCUCCGUACCGUGGAAGGUGAAGCAAGAGAAAGACUGAUGCAGCACGUGGAUUUGGCAGCAUACAAGGCAUUGAACGAGACUGUUUUGGCACAGGUUAUUGUCUUUAACAAGCGACGUGAAGGGGAAGCAUCACGCUUGACUCUUCAGACCUACAAGAACGUAAAAACAAGUCCCAUUAAUGAAGACAUUUACGAAACCUUGUCACCAUUAGAAAAGGAGCUAAGCAAGCUAUUAACCCGCAUUGAAAUCAGGGGGAAGAGAGGCAGGAAAGUGCCAGGUUUUUUGAGCGACAGAAUGAAGGAGUCAAUCGAUUUGUUGGUGAAAAACAGAGAAGCAGCUGGUGUGCCUGCUGAAAACCCCUAUCUCUUUGCUAGACCUGGUGGGAUGACACACAUACGUGGAUGUGACUGCCUACGAAAAUAUGCAGACCAAAGCAAAGCAGAAAACCCUGAGCUUCUGAGGUCAACUAAAUUAAGAAAACAGGUUGCCACACUUUGCCAACUCCUGGAUCUUAAUGAUCAAGAGCUCGAGCAAGUUGCAAGGUUCAUGGGACAUGACAUCAGAGUUCACCAGGACUUUUACAGACAGACAGACAAAACCUUUCAAAUUGCCAAGAUAAGCAAGCUUCUGUUUGCAAUGGAGGAAGGCACUGGCACCUUAAGGGGCAAGAACCUCAGCACCCUGGAGGUUUCUGUUGCUGGUGUAAUUUCCCCAGCUCCCAGCCCUCCAGCUAGUCAAAGAGACCCAGGCAGACCGAAGGAACAAGACAGAGAGGUGGAUGAAAACAAUAAUGUGGCCCUCGCAGGCAGCGAUGAUGGCUGUUCUGAUAGUGGUGUCACAGGUGAAAGUCCCAUAGCAGCUACUCAGAGUGAUCCUCAGGGAAAUGAGGAGGAGGAGGAGAGAGGAGGAGGCAGUGAGAUGGAUGAAGAAGAGACCAAGGAAGUAACAUUCGCCGUGAGGAGGAAAAGGGGAAAAACCAAAGUGGCCAAAGCAAAGGAGAUCCCCUGUGCGAAGGGCAAGAGGCCAUGGAGUGAAGCAGAGAAGACGGCAGUGAAAAGAUGGCUGGGAAAAUUUGUCGCAGAGCGCAAAGUUCCAAAAAAAGAACACUGCAUGAAAUGCUUAGAAGCGGAAAAAGACCUAGCUAAUCGCUCAUGGAAAGAUGUUAAAAACUUUGUGUACAACACGAUUGUCACUCUGAAUCGAAGGUCUGCUUGUAAAAAGCUUUUUUAAAGACCUCUUCUAAAAUAAGUUUACCUUGAUAAUGUUAAGACAUUAUUUAAGAUUUCAAUUUGUCUUCUCAUGUUUGGUUUGUGACUGACUCUGCAACAGUAACAGACAUGCAGAGGCUGGGGACCCUUAGUCAAAAUUUGUGUGAAUGGCAAAGCAAAUGGGAUGUGAUUACCAAAAGUGCAGAAAAAUGUCACAUUUCCUUUAAUAAUUUAAGCAAUAUUACUCUAUUUUCAUCUUUUAUAAGUUCAAAAAAAGGAGGUUUGGGCACACAUGUUCAAUACUUAUUAGGGUCCCCUUUGUUAUUAUAACAGCAUUUGAAAGCUUUUGUAGCAACUACGAGUCUGAUUUUAAUUUGAUUGGUUUUAUGUUUUGGAGUGGUGAACUGUGAGGGCGAUGGAAAUACCUUUACCUAGUGUCUUUUGAGGUAACCCGUUUUGGAUUUUAAGUUCUAGGUUUUUGCCCAGGAUGUUUUUGGUUCAUUUAUUUUACAAUCUGUUAAAGUAUAUUAGGUAUCUAAGUUGUUCACUUUCUUAAUGGCUUAAUGGUUACAACGCAUCCUAAAGUGUCCACCUUUGCUCAGUGCAGCAGAAAACUUGUUUUGGUCUUAUGAUGUUAUUUGGCAAAAAGUUGAAUUUUGGUUUUAAUGAUGUAGGAAGCAGGAAGGUCAUACUGGUGCAGUUGUAGCCAUCCUUAGCUUUACUGAUUUUUCUUUUUGGCAAAAGUCAAAACAAACUGAUCAAAGUUCUUAUUGAUCACUAUUUUAGUUGUAAGUCAUUAGACUUAAUAGUUGUCUUAAUUGUUAUAAUAACAAUUAUUAUUCCUCUGGAAGGAUGUUACAUUGUGAAAUAAACUGAAUUUGCUCGUUGCAGCAUUGUGGGAAGUUACUUGGUAAUCAUUAAUAAAAUCUAAAGCAGUAUUUGACAUGUAAUACUACCUUUUUGUUAUGUAGGGUAGUCUUGAUAGAUUAUCAGAACUUUAUACAUAAACAGAAUAUCUAAAAAGUUGAGACUGUUUCACUUUCACAUUAUUUGGUUGCACUAAAAUGGAAAAUGGCAGAGAGUAAAUGCAAACAGAAAAAACAUGUAGACAGAAACGAACACAAAAGCACCCCCUGGUGAAAAAUCACCCGAAUAGCACCCUAUGGCAAUGUCCUCACUCUGAUAGUAAAAUGAGUUUUUUUUCUACUUGAGUGUUUUAAGAUUUUGAGGUGAUUUUUGCUGUCAGAGAGCCACCAAGUGUUCAAAAAUGGCAAAGAUUUGCCUGCAAGUGUAGCGGAAAUGGUGGUCCUCACUUUGAUAGUGCAUUUACCCGGUCCUCACUCGGGAUGCAAGA